CGAAGCGUGAGGAUGAACAAGGCGGUAUCACUACUCGUCUGGUGCGCUACGGUGGCGCUGGUGGGGACGACAAAGACGGAGCGGGCCCUCCUGUUGUCAUGUGACUCAGGACAAUACACGGACGAUGGGGAGUGCUGUAAAGAGUGUCCACCAGGAGAGGGCGUAGUCCAGAAGUGCGGAGCUACUCAGACUGUCUGCUCCCAGUGUUUAGACAGUGAGACCUAUUCAGAGAAUUACAGCCACAUAGAUGAGUGCAUACCCUGUACGCAGUGUGUCGGCAUGAUGCGCAUGGAGACCCCCUGCACCGACUCCAAUGACGCUAUCUGUGUUUGCAACUAUAACUUCUUCCUGAACGAGAUCACGAGCCAGUGUGAGCCCUGCACCGUGUGCCCCAUGGGACAGGGGGUCUUUGAACACUGCACCCACGACCACGACACGGUGUGCGAGGAGUGUGUGGAUGACACCUUCUCUGAAAGGGACAGCCCCCUGGACCCCUGUCUGCCCUGCACCAUCUGCGACGAGGAGACGGAGACGCAGAUAGAGGAGUGCACGCCCAUAAGUGACUCUGUUUGUCAUAAUCCUCUGCUUCCCACAUACAUCCCUCUGACUGACACAACCACGUCACUGUUCACCACAAACUUCUUCCCUGAUGGAUCUGAAAGCCCGUUGCCGGGGGAGACCACCACUUCCAGCUCCGGAUCCCCGCGGUUCCUCGGAGGGGGGCUCAACGAGAACCUCAUCCCCAUCUACUGCUCCAUCCUGGCAGCUGUCGUGGUGGGAUUCAUAGCUUACAUGGUCUUCAAGAGGUGGAACAGUUGUAAGCAGAACAAACAGGCGGCUAAUAACCGGGCAGCGACCAACAACCAGAUGGUGACCCCAGAGGGCGAGAAGCUGCACAGUGACAGCGGCAUCUCUGUGGACAGCCAGAGUCUCCAGGAGCAACAACAACAACAGCAGCAGCAACAGCAGCAGCAACAACAGGCCCAGGCAGAAGUGCAGAGCCAGCCAACACACGCACCCGAGCAGAUAGUUGUGCGAGUAGACGGAGGUCCACAGCCCAACACCCCUCCUCCUGAAGUUUGAAGAGAGGACGGGACAACACACGGCAAGAGGAACUCAAUCGCGGAUUCAAAAAAACAAAACAAAAAGGGGGCCACGCAAUGAAUGUAAAACAGACUCAAGUAGUUUUUGGAGCAAAGACUUGUGGACUUGUGUGA